UAUUAUCAUGUGCGUGUCUCAUCGCUGGAUGGACCAAAAUUUGCUUCUCCCAAAGCUCUUUGAAUAUUAUAUUUAGAGCCCACUUGGUGCCUAGAAAAAUACAUUUGCAAGUGAUCUCCAUCUGUCAAUCAAUUAAUCUAUACAAUAAAAAUCCACUUGGUGUUAAUUAAGGAAAAUCAUUUUGUUGGUGGUGGCCUGUCUCCCAUGUUACUCAAGUUUCAAAUCUGAACUUUUCAAAUUCACAAAGUGCAGUGAUUCAUCUUUGUUCCAUCUUUGGCUGAAUUCUAAUCCUUUUUUCUGUUACUUCCGGAAAGCCAUGGAGUUCCUGAGCUCAAUCGUGGGUCUGGUCCCCUGCUUCUAUGAUCACAUCUCCAAGCAUACCGUCUACAUUCGUGAUCUGAAGAAAAAUCUCCAAGCCUUGAGCAAGGAAAUGGUGGAUCUCAACAACUUGUAUGAAGAUGUGAAGGAAAGGGUUGAAGGUGCAGAGCAACGACAGAUGAGGCGCAGAAAGGAAGUGGGUGGCUGGAUCUGUGAAGUAGAAGACAUGGUGAAAGAAGUUCAAGAAAUUCUGCAGAAGGGUGAUCAAGAAAUCCAGAAGAGAUGUCUCGGAUGCUGUCCCAGGAAUUGUUGGUCUAGCUACAAGAUUGGGAAGGCAGUAAGCGAAAAGCUGGUUGCUGUAUCUGGUCAAAUCGGCAAAGGACAUUUCGAUGUUGUAGCCGAGAUGCUGCCUCGUCCUCUAGUAGAUGAACUGCCCAUGGAGGAGACUGUGGGCUCAGAAUUGGCGUAUGGCAGAAUCUGUGGGUUUCUCAAAGAUCCACAAGUGGGAAUUAUGGGAUUAUAUGGAAUGGGGGUUGUGGUGUCAAAAUCGUCCAACAUUGAAAAAAUUCAGGAAGUUAUUUGGAAUAAAUUACAAAUCCCACGUGAUAUAUGGGAAAGUAGAAGCAGUAAGGAGGAGAAGGCUGUCGAAAUACUGAGAGUUCCGAAAACAAAGAAGUUCGUGUUGUUGUUGGAUGACAUCUGAGAGCGACUUGAUCUCCUAGAAAUGGGGGUUCCACAUCCCGAUGCUCAAAAUAAGUCCAAGAUAGUUUUCACGACCCGAUCACAGGAUGUGUGCCACCAAAUGAAAGCUCAGAAGAGUAUAGGAGUGGCAUGUUUGUCGUCAGAAGCGGCUUGGACUUUGUUUCAGAAGGAGGUAGGAGAAGAAACAUUAAAGUCUCAUCCACAUAUACCGAGGCUUGCAAAGAUUGUUGUUGAAGAGUGCAAAGGUUUACCUCUCGCUUUGGUUACUGUUGGGCGAGCCAUGGUGGGUGAGAAAGAUCCCUCAAAUUGGGACAAGGUAAUACAAGAUUUGAGCAAAUUUCCAGCUGAAAUUUCAGGUGUGGAAGAUGAAUUGUUUAAUAGAUUAAAAGUUAGUUAUGAUAAAUUGUCUGACAAUGCCAUCAAAUCUUGUUUUACAUAUUGUUCUUUGUUCUCUGAGGAUUGGGAGAUUUAUAUUGAAAGCCUUAUAGAAUGUUGGAUAGGAGAGGGAUUUUUGGGUGAAGUUCAUGACAUACAUGAAGCGCGUAAUCAAGGGUAUAAAAUUAUUAAAAAACUAAGGCAUACAUGUUUGUUGGAGAGUUGCGGUUCAAGAGAAAAAAGGGUUAAGACACAUGAUGUGGUCUGCGACAUGGCUUUAUGGUUAUAUGGUGAAUGUGGGAAGAAAAAGAACAAAAUUGUAGUAUACGAUGAUGUUUUUAGGCUGAAGGAAGCUACAGAAAUUUUAGAACUGAAAGAGACGGAGAAGAUGUCAUUUUGGUAUCCGAAUGUUGAGAAGUUCCUUGAAACAUUGGUGUGUCCCAAUCUCAAGACUUUAUUUGUGGAGGGAUGUCAUAAGUUGACGAAAUUUUCGAGUGGAUUCUUUCAAUUUAUGCCUCUAAUAAGAGUUUUGAAUUUGGCAGGGAAUGAUAAUUUAAGUGAGUUACCUACUGGGAUUGGUGAAUUGAAUGGCUUGAGAUAUCUUAAUUUGGAACCCACAAGAAUAAGAGAGUUGCCCAUUGAGCUAAAAAAUUUGAAAAAUUUGAUGAUUCUACGUUUGAAUUCUAUGCAAUUCUCUGUAACUAUCCCACAAGACUUGAUAUCAAAUCUCAUAUCUUUACAGUUGUUCGACAUUUGGAACACCAAUAUUUUAAGUGGAGUUGAAACCUUGCUUGAGGAGUUGGAGUCCUUGAAUGACAUCAAUGAGAUAGGAAUCACCAUAUCUAGUGCUCUUUCAUUGAACAAAUUAAAGAGAAGCCACAAAUUACAGAGGUGUAUAAGGCUUCUACAGUUACAUAAAUGGGGGGAUGUAAUCACACUUGAACUAUCAUCUUUGUUUUUAAAAAGAAUGGAGCAUUUGAUUCAGCUUGAAGUAGACCAUUGUGAUGAUGUGAAAGUAAGUAUGGAAAGAGAAAUGAAACAAAAUGAUGUUAUUGGUCUCUCAAACUACAAUGUUGCAAGGGAGCAAUACAUUUACAGCCUCCGUUACAUAAGAAUAAAAAAUUGUUCAAAAUUGUUAGACUUAACAUGGGUUGUUUAUGCUUCAUGUCUAGAAGAACUUUAUGUUGAAGAUUGUGAAUCAAUAGAACUAGUACUACACCAUGAUCACGGAGCUUAUGAUAUUGUGGAAAAAUUGGACAUAUUCUCAAGGCUCAAAUGCCUCAAGCUCAAUAGACUGCCAAGAUUGAAGAGCAUCUACCAGCAUCCUCUGCUCUUUCCCUCGCUUGAAAUCAUCAAGGUGUAUGAUUGCAAAAGCUUAAGGAGCCUCCCAUUCGAUUCCAACACUUUGAACAACAAUCUUAAGAAAAUUAAAGGAGAGACAAGUUGGUGGAAUCAGUUGAAGUGGAAAGAUGAAACCAUCAAGGACUGUUUUACUCCAUACUUCCAAGUCCAUGAGGCUGAAGCAUAUUUUGCAGAGGAGUCUGAAACUGGCAGCAUAGAUGAUGAUAUGCAGGAACAGUUGGUAUCAAAUUAAUUUCUAUCCAUCUUUCAGGGUUGGGGCUUGUUCUAGAAGUUCUGGCAACAGCCGGGUUUUCAUCUUCUUUAUAUAGACUGUGUUGCUGAUUGGAGAUGUCCUGCUCUUUUUCCUUCUACUUGGAAUCUGGGUUUGGUCUGAGGUCUCUGGUAUGUUUCAUCAGGGAGGCGCAAAUGCUGAUUCUCAGAGCAUUGAUAUUUCAUGGUGCUGAGACUGCUGAAAAGGUUGGUGUACUUAUGAUGGUUGCAGCAUCCUCUUUGUUUCUGGAUCUCAGGGACUGGAUUCUGUGGGCAGCCUUUGGCUUUUGAUGUUGGGUGGAUUUUGUUUUGUUAAUUUGUUGAGGCCGGUGCAGUGUGGUGGGUCUGAAGCUGCUAGUAUGCUGCUGCUGGGUCAAUGCGGAUGUGAUAUGGGAAUGCUUUUGGAUCUUAGGGCUUCAGCAGGUUGAUUAUGUUUCCUCUGCUUACAAAUAUUUUAUCACCAGAUCCUACGUGGAGAUGGGAUGGAUUGUUGUAAUAGUGAUGGUGUGUGUAUGUGAUAUAAUCCUAUGAACAUAGCCACAUGCUUUGGUUCAUAUACCAGAGCACCGCUUACUUCCUUGAGUUUGAUAUCCCACUGUCAAGUGUUAUGUUACGAAAACAAGUUUCACCGGUCGUGGAUUGAAAUGUUUUGUGAGAAAAACUGGUUGAUUUUAACA